AUCAGGACACUAUAAAGUAAAUCAGGACACUAUAAAGGAACAUGAGAGGCUGUGAGGAUGACAGAGCAAGAGCUGGAAACAAACAUCAGUGAAGAAUGAAGGCUUUAGUAUGUAUACUGCUGCUGUUGGAAACCUUUGUGUUUGUCGUCCAGCAGCAGGUAGAUGGAGGACUCAAUGAGAAUGAGAUCAGUCAACAGAUCAGCUCUGAGGAUGGAAGACAGAAUCCACCUCAAACAGACACUUUGAGAGCUGAAGCUUCAACUGACAGCCAACAAUACUGUGAUCUGGGCAUCCCUGACAUCCAUGCAGCACUGAGAGAACUGACCGCCACAGUUACAGAGCAGAAAUCAAACAUCAGAGCUUUAGAGACACAACUGAGGGAACAACAGACGUUUAUCCUGAAAGAGCUGAACAAGAAAAAUGAAGAAAUUUCAAAUCUUACUCUGAGUCAAGUGGAGGAGUUGAGAAAGGAAAAUAGAGACAGAGAAAUAGCUUUUUCAGCUGCACUGAUGGAAUCUGGCGGUGGAUUUAUUGGUCCUUUUACCACUCACAUUACACUAAUCUACAGGAACGUCUUCACAAACAUAGGGAACGCCUACAACCCAAUUACAGGUAUUUUCACAGCCCCACUGAAAGGAGCGUACAUGUUCAGAAUCUCUGUAUAUGGUCGUGAUGGAACUACAUCAACCGCAGUCAUUUUUAAGAAUGGAGACUUUGUGGUUGUAGCACAUGAUAUUAAGGCUAGGGAUCCGGCAAACUCCUCAAAUGGAGCUGUGUUGAUCCUGGAGGUUGGAGAUGUUGUCUAUGUGAAACUGUGGUCUGGCACGAGGAUAUAUGAUAACCUCAAUAACCACAACACUUUCAGUGGUUAUCUACUGUUUCCCUUAAGAUAACAGGAGAUUUGAAGAAUGUGAUUUCAAUAAUUCUGAACCUUCAGCGUAUGAUUUAAGAUAAAAAUCAUGAAGAAUCAUUAACAUAUGAACCUAAAUUAAGUACUAAUGUGUUUGAAUUUUCAAUAGAUUACCGAAUAAAAGUCAGUAAAAUACAUUAUAUUUAUAAGUUCUGAUCUGUCUAUAAAUGUAAGUUUGUAUAAAGAGUUUCAGCACUGAGACAGACAGGACCCAUGAAUAUCACAUGACUUAAAAGUGUUUUGUUAAAGUAGUAAGUCUAAAAAUUGUUUAUUAAUACCUUUUUUAAGUGUAUCUUGUUACUGAUCAUUCAUUUGUAUCUCUUC